AUACGCAACUUCCAAACGACCCCUUAACUUCAAAACGUAGAUGGGCCAGUUCUCCAAAAUGUUAGCUGUGUGUGGGUUUUAGCCUUUUAGGGCGCCGGGGUCGCAGGGAAACCCACAAGAUUUUGAUGUUUAGCGCUUACAACAACACGUUGCAGAAGAUCGCUCUCAUGGCUUCUAAACCUAGAACGCACAUUAUGCCUCAACGUUAAGUACCAUUUUUCGCCAUUAUUUUCUUUCGAAUUGGGAAACUGAAGGGCUCGUCUCGACUUUCGCGAUUGUUUGCUUCUUCUUACUCGACCCAAUUUCAUAGGUUCUGAGUUCUCACUGUAAAAAAAGCUUAAACGCCUGUCGCUUCAGUUGCAGGGAACCCAGCGAAGAAGGCGAGAGCGAUGUGCUCGAUGACAGCCUCGGAGUCUUCCAUCAAAGACCCAUUUGCCAAAUACGCCGAAUAUCUCAAUAACCUUAAUGAGAAAAGGGAAAGAAUAGUGAAGGCAAGCCGGGACAUAACCAUGAACAGCAAAAAGGUUAUAUUCCAAGUUCACAGAAUGAGCAAACACAACAGGGAUGAAGUUCUGGAUAAGGCCCAGAAGGAUUUAGCUAAUGUAACUCAACAGUACGUUUCCAAAUUGGUGAAAGAGUUGCAAGGCACUGAUUUCUGGAAGCUAAGGCGAGCUUAUUCUCCUGGUAUUCAAGAAUACGUUGAAGCAGCUACUUUCUGUAACUUUUGCAGAAAUGGGACUCUGCUUAAUUUGGAUGAGAUGAAUGCCACUCUCUUGCCACUGAAUGAUCCGGCCCUUGAGCCGUUGCAAAUCAACGUUCUUGAUUAUCUCUUAGGGCUUGCAGAUUUGACGGGUGAGUUGAUGCGGAUGGCAAUUGGCCGUAUAUCAGAUGGUGAGCUUGAUUAUGCUGAGAAGAUAUGUCGCUUUGUGCGUGAAAUCUACAGGGACUUGACCCUGAUCGUACCACAUAUGGAUGAUAGUUCGGACAUGAAACAGAAGAUGGACACCAUGCUUCAAAGUGUGAUCAAGAUCGAGAAUGCUUGCUUUAGUGUCCAUGUAAGGGGAUCGGAGUACAUGCCAAUGCUUGGAUCCAGCGAGCCUGGCUCCUUUCUGCUAGGGAUGGCUGACAAUGAUUUCUGAUGUAAACUCGAGGCCUCAAUCUCGAAGAACCUUUUCUCCUUCCUACCCUAGAAGAAUAUAGAACUUCCUUUAUUUUCUGCACUCUUGAAGAAUGAAUGGUCUGUGUCCUUCAUUUGAAGUUCUCAUGGCAACCCAACUGGCAGUCGAAGAUGCGCUUCAAUCUUGAGCUUAAUUCUGUGUAGUUUCAGAGAAUGUUGAAAGCUAGCUUCAUUUUGCAUUUUUGCUGCAUCUCAGAUCUUCCUUGUGCUUUCUGAAGUCUCAAUAGCUCUUUCUGUCUGCUGGAAAUGAGCUUGAGCUGAGUUUUGGUAGGAAUUCAUGUUUGGCUUGGGUACUAGUUGAAUGAGCAAGGAAUGGUAGUAAUCUUCGAGACACACAUACACUUGUCUCAUCUAGUCCAAAUAUGUUUUUGUUGCAU